AUGGCUGUCGUUGUUCCGCUUCCUGGUAAUCUCCAGCCGCAAUCUGCACUCCUCCAAUUGCCAGCAGAAAUCAAACACAUCAUAUUUGGAUUGUGUUUCGUUGCGGACACCCCCAUAAUCGACCCCCGAAUCGACGGUUCCAGAACGCGAGAAGACAAUGCGGUUCGUACGACACCAGGCGCUGCUCUACUUCAGACAUGCCGUAGAACCUACCACGAGAUCGACCGCCGUCCACUAUUCGCGCAGAACACCUUCCGCUUCUCAAAUCUGACAGGGAUGCGGGCUUUCCUACAUGCGCUUCCUGUGGAAUACAGAACGCGCAUCCAGGACAUCGAAAUUGACUUGCGAGAGUUGAACUCGGAUCGUCCUCACCUUGCGCGUGAGUGGCUGCAGUACGUUGCGCUAGCAAAGAAUGGAGGCUUCAAUUCAUUGCGCGCUGAUGCAACCGGUCUACGGUGCCUGCGAAUCAACCUAGAGUCGUGGCCAGUUAUUGCCGUAAUCCGGAGUGAACUUUGGAAGUUUCUUCGAAGCAUGUUAUCGGGGCUCGAGGACUUGGACAGAGUUGUCGUGACUGGAUCGAGCAGAGGCAAGGCAAUGGAACGAAAACUCCCAUGGUCACCAGUCCAUUUUGUUGGUGGAGACGACGUUGGAACCCACGACUUGCUUACUCGAAUGAACUCGUGUGUCACCAAAACCGGCCGCGACAACGCCGUCAAGUGGAUGCGACAAAACGGCAAAUUACAACUCGAAGUAACCUCCAUGCCGGGUCUACACGAAAGCGCUGCCGCACAAGGGAUACAAGCUCCAGAGAACGUGAACAGAGCAAAAUCCUUGCCACCGAGCGGAGAAUGUUCCUUCUUUGCCUGCGAGAAUCGCCACUCCUAUGGAACAGAACCCGUGGAUAAGGAUCUCAAUCCCAAUGCCGCCGGAUGA